CUAAAUUCAUCCUCCGAAGUUAGCCAAGCCAACCCUCAAAGAUCACCCGGUCUAGUUUCCGAAGAUCGGAGAGUGUCGGCAGAAAGAAUCCAAGAGGACUUGGACUGUAGUGGUUGGAAUUGCAGAGAUGCCGAAAGGAACAUUUCCAAGCCAGAACACGACAAAGGUGCAGCCUCCUACGCAAGAUGACAAGGCAGAGCCAGUCAGCAGCCCCUUCAGUUUCCCCUUCGCCACCGUUCUCCUCCCACAAAUGGCCACUCUCUCCCUCUUGUUAUACCCUCUUCUUCUGCACCUCUCCCUUCUCAUCCUCACCCCCUCCGCCGCCGCCGUUGCCGCCGACAUCCACGACCUCCUCAGAAGCAGGGGACUUCCGGCGGGGCUCUUCCCGAAGGAUGCGGUGAAAUCCUUCGAGCUUUCCGAGGAGGGCCUGCUUCAAGUGUACCUAGAAUCGCCGUGUGUGGCAAAGUUUGAGACAAGGGUGUUUUUUGACAGCUUUGUUAGGGCCAAUCUCAGCUACGGCGGCCUCACCGGAGUUGAGGGCCUCUCCCAAGAAGAGCUUUUCUUGUGGCUUCCGGUCAAAGAUAUCAUUGUGUCCGAUCCCUCUUCUGGUAUCAUCUUGUUUGACAUUGGUUUGGCUUAUAAGCAAAUGUCUCUCUCCCUUUUUGAAGAUCCUCCCACUUGUAGCCCUCAAGGGGCUUUGAUGAAGAAAGGAGGAAGAGAGGAGUCUGGAUUCCAGAUUGAAAGAUUCAAAACUUUCUCCUUUGCUGGAUCAUAAUAUGAUGAUCCAAGCUCAAAUUUUGGUGCUGAAUGCUUGUUUUCUGUGUUUGUGUGUGGGGGUAGAGCUGAAUCUUGGAGAUGGAGUGGGAUUCUUUCUUUCUUUUUCAUUUUUAGAGUUCUUAGAGGGAUUGUAAAAUAGAAGCAUGGAAAUGUACUGACUAGACAAACAUUUGGGUGAAGAAUCCAAAAAAAAAAAAUCAGUUAUGAAAAACAUUCAAAUCCUUAGUUUGUUCAGUACUGAUGUUUGGUUCUGCCUAUUUCCACAAUCUUUUGAGUCUUUAAAAUGAAAGUUACUUCAAAUU